AUCCCUCAUUUAGCGUUUUAUUGGCGGUGGCGGCGGGGCGCCAUUUUUCCUAUUCGUUCAUAUUGUGAAAAUUUCAUUUUUAUUUCAAUUAUUAAAAUAUUGUUAUUUUAUAAAUACAAGUAAUUUAUCAUGGGUGUAACUGUAGAAACGCUAAGUCCCGGUGAUGGUUCCACUUAUCCCAAAAGUGGUCAAACUGUGGUUGUGCAUUACACUGGUACUUUAACAAACGGACAGAAGUUUGACUCAUCCCGUGACCGUGGCAAGCCAUUCAAGUUCAGAAUUGGCAAAGGCGAAGUCAUCAGAGGCUGGGAUGAGGGUGUUGCUAAGAUGUCUGUUGGUGAACGUGCUAAGUUGACCUGCUCAUCAGACUAUGCCUACGGCAAGCAGGGACACCCAGGUGUCAUCCCUCCUGAUGCAACCCUCAUUUUUGAUGUGGAACUAAUUCGCCUGGAAUAAAUUCUCACCUCUUAAAACCAUUCACCCACCUAUAUAGGUUUUGUUAGAUUAGUUUUCUCAAAGAUUUUUUCAAAUAUCCAAUACAUGCCAAUGAGCACCAAAUUUUAAUAUCUAUAAUAAUAAUAAUAUGGAAAAUAGUGUUAGCUAGUCAAGCAUUGGUAGUUUUAAUUACAUACGUUACAAUUAAAGUUUAAGAGAAGUAGUGCAAUGGUAGCUGUAGAUUCAAGAGAUGUGUGAAACUAUCUAACAAACCUCCAUAUAAGUCAUUCAUUGAAACUAAUUUUCAUAAACAUUGCUGCCAGAGUUCAUAUUUUAAUUAUGGCAUCUUUAAAAUAAUUUAGGUCAACAUUCCAGCAGCAUUUUUUGUCAAUUUACAUUGUUUGAGUGUUCAAUAAUUUUAUAUUUCUCAUGUCAAUUGUAUGCUGUUUAAAUGUAUUUCAGUGUAUGCUAUUUUAUUUUAUAUAAUUACUUAUACACACCAGUACCAGUGUUGUUGAUCAAGACUACAAAUGAGCACAUGUCCUCAAGUAUGUGUUGCCUAUGAAUUUUUAUUGUGUAAGGAGAAAUAAAUAAUUGUGAACAUCUAGUUACUCUUUAUUUUCUUUAAUUAAUAUUAUUAUUUUCUUCUUUUUAAUUAAUGG